AUGUCUAUUGAACUCAACUGGGAGACACUCACCACGGGUCCUGAUGGAGUUGCUUUGGCUGAAAGAAUCCGAGAUUUCGUUCACGACAAAUUCCAAACAGUAACCCUGCCUCGCUUCAUCAAGGGCGUCAAAGUGCACGCCUUCGAGUUUGGAUCCAUCGCCCCAGAGCUAGAGAUCAAGGACAUCUGCGAUCCCUUGCCUGAUUUCUACGAGGAAACUGAAGAUGACUACGGGGAGGAAGAUGAGGGGGCUGGCCAGGACGAGGGAUGGAAGGCGAGAGGAUCGGACGAAGAAACGUCAAGAGAGCAACGUAGGAUGGACCGGCUCGAGAGGACGAAUGGUCCUUCGCAAGCCACCCGUUUCCCACCAUAUAUCGAUACACGACUACCAGGCAUGAGGUCCAUGCAGAACCCAGGUGAUAUCGGAAGUCCAUUUCUAGGAGUCAGCACUCCGGGUAUCUCAGGCGGGACGUCAAAUCUGCAUUACUUCCACUCCCAGCUGGCAACGGGACUGUCUGGCACGCAAACGCCUCUGGCAGCAGUGGCUGGUGCACACCUUCCACAUGGAUGGCCGGACUACUUCAAUCUUCAUCCAAAUAGCCGAGGACAUCGGCAUACUGCGAGCGGAAGUUCCCUGUCACCACCUCCUACGGCUGAUGGGCAGGUGCGAGCUCUGCGCGAGAAACACAGUGUCUCGACACUAGCGACCUCAAAUUCCACCACGAGGCCUCAGACGAGAGAUGGGCUCCUAGAAGAAUCGAUCGAAGAAGAGCCCACCUCGCCUCCCCGAAGGUUUCGCGAGCCGAAAGCCGAGGACCUUCAAACAGUGUUCCGCGUACGAUAUUCUGGCGACGUAAAACUGUCGCUUACAGCCGAGAUUCUGCUCGACUAUCCGAUGCCGAGUUUCGUGGGCAUACCGGUCAAGCUGAACAUCACAGGGUUGUCAUUUGAUGGGGUUGCUGUGCUGGCAUAUAUCAGGAAGAGGGCACACUUCUGCUUUCUUUCACCCGAAGACGCAUCUUCUGCUAUUGGCGCCGAGGACCAUGAGGUUAAUUAUCAUCCUGCGGGCAUGAAGAUGGGAGGGCUUUUGCAUGAGAUCAAGGUCGAAAGCGAAAUUGGGCAGAGGGAGAAUGGAAAACAGGUGUUGAAAAAUGUUGGGAAGGUAGAAAAGUUCGUCUUGGAACAGGUCAGGCGGAUAUUCGAGGAUGAGUUUGUAUAUCCUAGCUUCUGGACGUUCUUGGUAUGA